AAGCAGUUGAGCUUAUGGUAAUGUUGCUUUUGUGUUGUUUUUUGGUUGUGUAAAGGUUGUUAUUUUUUAACCAUGCUCUAAUUCCUUUUUAAUACCAUAUAUAAACAGAUGUCUUCAGAUGGAAUUGGUGGUGAUCCUUGUAAACAGAUUACAGUUUCUGAAAAUGUUGAGGUUACGGAUCGUCGUCUUGUUUGUUUUGAGGUAUAUUUUUUUUUUUUGGGUUGUUUUUUAGUUUCUUCAUACUUUUUGUGUUUAACACUGUCUAUUUUCUUUAAUUUUUCUGGAAAAAAUAUAUUAGAUGGGUGCAACAGGUCUCAAUGUUGAUUAUAACAUUGAACUUGAAGAUGACCCAAUUCCCGUUGAAGAAACUCCUCUUGUUGACAAGAGGAAAUCUAAGAAACCCAUAGCGCUGACGUCUCCGUUUAUGGAGUAUGACUCUUCCAUUUCUAGUUCUAAAGAUGGUUCUGGUUAUGGAGUUGUUAAGUAUGUGGCUGGGUUGUGUCCUCUCGAUGAUAAGAUUGGUGAAGAUGUAGAACAUAAAGACGAGAUUGAUUUUGACUUGUGGCUUGGUGAAGGACGCCGAUCGAAGAAAGAUCCGCAUGAUAAGGAGAAGGUUUACUUGAAGGGUAAGGAUAAGAUUGUUCCCCCUUUUCGUUUUGGCGUGGAAGAUGUUGCAACCAAGAUGUGGUUCCACAAGCUUGCAUAUCCUGGCCAAUGUUUGACUAAUUUUCUUUUGAUUUUUUUCAAAAAUUUCAGUCUAUAGUUUUAUUCAUGUUGUUUGUUGGUUGUUUUUUAGUUGUUGAAAUAUAAUUCAUUUUCUGAUUUUCCAACAUUUCUCAUUUUUUAUUGUUCAGCAUCUGGACAUCAUUUUUUACUAUCUACGUAAAAAAGGAAAGUAUGCAAAGGAGCCAAAGGUUAAGUUCACAACCACCGAUUGCUUAUUCUUCAAAACCAUUCAUGCUUUGUAUGAAAAAUUUAUUGCACAGAAAAAAAAUCUUUCUUUGAUAACUGCCCAGCAUGCCAUUGCUGAUUAUAUAAGAGGUAGAAAAAUGUUAUGUGGUUCCCCUUGGCAUUUGUGCGAUCAUGUUUUCUUUAUCAUCCAUAUGGAGACUGAAUCACAUUGGAUUCUUGGUCGAUUGAAUAUUGAGGAAAGGCGUGUGUACAUGUACAACUCCUUGUCGACUGCUAUGAAAGAUAGUGCUGCUAUCAAAGCUUGUCAGCCAUUUGCGGUGUUGUUGCCCCACUUUUUUGCUUUGUUUGAUGAGUUCAAAAAGGAAAACAAACCGGUUUGUUUAGACCCUUUCGAAGUUGUUAAGGUUGAUGGUUUGCCUCAACAAACCUCGAAGUAAGUUGUUUUUAUUUUUUAUUUUCAAAUGUUUUUAAAAUUUGCAAUGUUAUUGUCCUUUUCUAAGUUUUUCUGCUGUUGUUUUUUGGUUGUUUUGCAGUGACUGUGGUUGUUUCGUUGCAUCGUUCGCCGAAUACUUUAUUGAUAUGAAACCGAUUCCUCCCAUAUUUGAUGUUGAGAAACACCGUGAUAGGCUUGCUGUGUUGUUCUAUAAGUACGCUCGCAUGAAAGAAGUGGAAUUUAUUGAUAGUGAAGAUGAGGCUCCUCCGAAGGGUCCAAAGAAGAAUUUGUCUUAGUUAUCUAUUGGUUGUUGUUGGAAAUACUACUUUUUUUUAUGUAGCUUUUGUUUUUCUAUUACCAGAUUAUGUUCAUAAUCAUAGACAAGUUGUUGUUUCUGUCAUGUUUUUUUCUUAAUUGGAAUUGGUUUUUAAUUUGUUCAUAUUUUUGGAUUUUUAAUCUUUA